AUGAUGGAAACUAAUUAUCAUCACAAUCAAUGUGGUGUACAAAAAGACGUAGGAAAUAAACGGUCUUUGACUUAUAAUUUAUGCAAUCAGCAGAUCAAUUUACAAGAAACUUCCAACAUCGAAUCAGGUGAUGAUGAUGGUAUUGGCGUACAACGAGAAUACAUUAUGAAUGAAUUGGCAAACGAUGAAGGAUUGCUAAAUGAUUUCUUACAAUUUCGUCAACAACAAGCACAAUAUCGAAUUCAAAAAACAGGACACAAUUUAAAUCCGUACUACGAAAAUGCUUCGUCAAAUAAACAAGUAACUCACAAACAAUUAAAUCAAUCUAAAAAGUUGCAAUCAAUAAUACAAGUACAACCAGAUGUUUCAACGC